AUGACAGCUAAAGCAGUCUCGGAUUUAACAACUUAUCAUCCAUACCCUUCGGAUGGUGGUUGUAAGUGGUUCGGUACAGCUCCAUUUUGUAAUGGACAGUGUCAAGCAGAAUAUGACUACAUCAGGAACAGCAAUGGACGCUGCAGUAAUUGGUGGUUCUCUGGGAUAUGUAAACCCGAUCCAAGUUUUGGCGAAUCAUGUAGCACCAUUUUGGGUGGAAAUUUUAAAAAACGUUUUUGCUGCAAUUGUUUUGAUUUUAUGAGUGAUCCAUCUGAAUGUACAUGGAGUGGCCGCUGGAUGGGUGCAUUUACUGCACACAAUAUUUACUGUCGAUAUGACAAUCAUGGUCAUUGUGGUCAUCUAAACUGUUCCGUAAAUCAUUUCAAUUAUCAAGCUCAGAAUUCAACUGAAAUUAUUGGCGAACGUUGCGAUCAAAUUUCACUGUUUGGUCUGCAGGGUAAGGCAACAUGUGGUUAUAUUGCAUGGUUUGAUGAUAGUGGAACACUUGUUGAUAGUUGGUAUAAAAGUAAAUGA